AUCUUACGCACUGAGCGUGCGCUUUCCCGUUCACCACUGGAGGAAAGUGGCGACUGUCGAGAAUAAUUCUCUGGCGCUCAACUCUCUCAGACUGUAUUUUGUGGCGUGCGCGUGCUGCAUGUGCGAUCAAUGGCAAACGUCUUUUCUAACAGUUUAAUCCCGACGAAACACACCUUCCAUGAUAACGCCUAUCAAUCAAGAUAAGUCAAUCAAAUGCAUCCUCAUCAGUUAAUUUAUCUGAGAUCAGCUGCUUUGUGAUGAGUAAUUGAACAAUUAGCAAACUUCAAACGUGACCUUUAAAGAACUGGUCUAGAUUGAAUGAUAACAUGUAUAUCUGAUGAAAAAAAAUAUCGAAUUAAAAUGUAUAGUUGGUGAAUAGUAAUCACUUACUGUUACUGCGCACCUGCUGAAACAGCACCAGCAUGGCAACUUCAAGGCGAAAGCGACACCACUCAAAUCGAGGCGGAGGAAAAGUUGUUUCAAACGGCUCAAGUAAUGUGGAUAAAUUGGCUUUCAGAUAUAUGAUGUGUAAGGUGGAGUCAAGCACAGAUUCAGAGUCUGAUGUUAGUCCCAGAUGGUCAGACACCAGCACUAUGGGCUGUGGUAGCAGUGCAGCAGAGAGCAGACCAGUCCAGCGGAGUCUGUUAUGCGGACAUAAGCCUGCUGGCCGACAUCCUUCAUAUCACUGCUUGUCCAUAGACCCCUACGAUGGGAGCUCCGAGGACUCAGACGUGUCCGACUCGCUGAGCUUCCCCUGGAGGCAGAGGCAGCCGCAGGCGGGCUGUCGUUGUUGGGGGAGGACUGGCCGCCGGGUCCCCUUUCACUCUGCCCCCCCACUCCUCCGAGGCAUCAGCCUGAACGAGCUGAGGGUCGUAGAGACCGAACCUGGCAGGGCCGAGCAGAACCAACAGAAGACCUUGGACGUCCAGAUGAGGUCAACCAGCGAGUUGGAUCAUUGGAGUUGUGGCUUGGAGACUUCAUCCUGCGGCCAUAGCAGAGGGGGAGAGAGUAAUCUGACUGAGGGCACUUUUGAAUCAGGAGGGCGAACUAGAUCUGUGGAUUCUGGGAUGCAUUCCACAUGCUCCCCUUUCCCCUGUGUGGGAGAAAAUUCUCUCUGCCUUCCAGAAAUGUCUUCAGAGAAGUCUGUAGACAGCCCCUUUACUCUCAGCUGUGCAUCCAAAAGAAAGUUUGGUCUGCUUGGUCUGCCAGGCAAGGAGGAAGAGACUAGGAAGAGGCUAUGUGUCUCUAGGAUGGAUAUGGGAGAAGACUCUACUAUGGAUGUCUACAGUGUCCGGUGAGGUCCGACGUCUUCCUAGCCUCCAGGGUUUCUGUUCGCACCAUGGGAAGCCACUGGAUAGGAGCGAACAGGGUAGUUCCAGAAAAGAAACAUGCAUGUGCACAUCACCUUUUUCUUUCUUUGGGAAACAAGUCUUGUUAGUUUAGAGGGAUUUCACUGAUGCCCUUUUUGGUUGAACAUAUUUUGAAAUAUUUAUUUGUUUAAUGUAUUAAUUUUGGGCUCUUCCACUAUUGUAUGGUCUUACAUGGAUAUUGUGAAGUCUUUAGACUUUGAUAU